UUCUUUUUGGUGUCUUUGGUUGUACACAAUAUCUGCCUCUGUUUUUCGUUUUCUGAGGGGAAAACAGAUCGUCAGAAGGAAUUGUUUUCCUGCGCAUUUUAAUUGAAGUUCUCCUACCGAUGCCUCCAAAAUCCGAUAGCACCGAAGCAAUCGUCCUCAACUACGUGAACGAGCAAAAUCGGCCUCUAAAUUCUCAAAAUGUUGCGGAUUCUUUACAAAAGUAUAACCUCAAAAAGGCUUCCAUUCAAAAAGCAUUGGAUACUCUUGCCGAUAGCGGAAAAAUUUCAUUCAAGGAGUAUGGUAAGCAGAAGAUAUACCUUGCUCGUCAAGACCAGUUCGAUAUCCCCAACAAUGAAGAGCUAGCUUAUAUGAAGGAAGAAAAUGCCAAACUGAAGGAACACCUUGAUCAACAAAAGAAAGAAAUCACUGAGGUUGAGGGAGAAAUUAAAAGCUUGCGGUCAAAUCUAACUCUGGGACAGAUUCAUGACAAGGAAGCUAAACUGAGGAAAGAGGUUAAGGAGAUGGAGGACAAAUUAGUUAAAUUGCGUGGAGGAGUAACCCUGGUUAUGCCAGAGGAAAAAAAGGCAGUUGAAGCCAUGUAUUCUGAUAAAAUAAGCCAGUGGAGAAAGCGGAAAAGGAUGUUCAAGGAUCUAUGGGAUGCUAUCACGGAGAACUCACCUAAGGAUCUGAAGGAAUUCAAGGAGGAACUGGGGAUUGAAUAUGAUGAAGAUGUUGGUGUGAAUUUACAAUCAUUCUCUGAGCUCCUUCAUCAUGGGAAGAAGCGGACCAGAGGUCAGUAACUUAGUCCGAAGCCUUACAUACUUGGUCAUCAAGUCAGACAUAGAUGUUGGUAUUUCUCUAGAGAUAAAUCUGACUCAGAUAUCUGUAGUUUCUUCAUCUUAGUUAGAUCUAAACUGUUACUUCUGGAUCCUUCAGAGUGGGUUACUCUUUAAAAUGCACGUUACAUACCAAUGUUAUUGUCAGUUCAUUUAUGCAAUGCUAGGUUUUAUAUAUAAUUAUAACCUUUGAAUAUUAA